UAUUCUGUAUCCGUACUCGGCAGCGUCUCUCAACUCCCUGCACGAGUCGAGUCCCUCUUUCCGACCAACCCUCCCCGCCGACUCCGGAAGCCUUCGAAACUCCCUGCGAUGCCUUUCGAUCCGCCCGAUUAAAUAGCCCCCGAAAUCCCAAUGUCGCUUCCCGAUGCGCCCAUGUUUCUCGAUGAGGGCCAGCCCAAGCCCUUAUCGAUUGAAACGCGGCUCCCGAGGGCAGAGAUGGCCCCUCCAAUCCUCGAAGACGAGGGGAAGGCAGCCAUCGAGCUGGCAGCCAUUAUGACCACGGCCUCGAAUCCGGUAUCUCCGGGCCCUUCAAGUCCCCCUCUUGAUCAAGCUCGGAUGCAGGAUUUCGUCCCACCAACUCGGCCGAGCAGUACUCCGUUCCCGCAGCCCGAACACCGAAAUGCCGAUAUACUCUGUGUCGGCUGCCCAGCCGAUGACCAGGUGGACCUGGACGAGCCCGAGGCGUCGGCCCACCCCGUCAUCCCGCCCUCCACCGAGCUGGCUGAGACGAAUUUCAACGACCUGCCUCCCGAGAUCCACGAAUGCAUUCUCGACCAUCUAUUCGGCGUCCGAGUAUCGACGGCGUCAAAAAACCCGGCCAUGCGGUGGGGGACCGGCUUAAGACACCCACGUAGAAAAGAACUAUCUGAAUUGUCCCGGGUCAGCCCCACGUGGAGGGUCUUGGUCCAACAGCGUCUAUACCGCCACAUCAAACUCAAGGCGGCUGUAGAGUCGAUCAACGAGUCCUUUACCCACUUCACCGAACACCCGCGCCUCCGUUCCUACGUCAAGCACAUCGAAGUCUGGUUCCCCGUUUUCCAACCCAAGUACACCCCGCUCGCAUUGGCAUCUGCAAACACUCUCCCCACCGUCACCGUAGAUGGCCUUACGAACGCCUCAUACGUCUUGCCGGAGGACAACUGCUCCCUGGACGAAGCGUUUUACUUCAUUAGCUCGACCUUCCCCGAGGUUUGCAUACUAACAUUAGAGGGAGGGGAGAGGAAGAAGGCGCCCGAGGUCAAGCACUGGAUACGGGUAAACGACUCGCGGGUCAAGUCCAUGCCAAAGAUCAACUCGGUCCGGACUCUGAUAUGCAAGGGACAGUGGAAUCUGAUCAGGAGUGAUGAGGACUUCAAGACCAUCACGUCGGCACUACCGAACCUUCAAAAUUGGCAGGGCUCGUACGGCAAACCCAAAGCUAAGAGCUACCUAACCAUGGCGACGAUCCUGCCCAAGCUCCCGCGAACCAUAACGAACCUUAACAUCUGUAUCGAAGGUGACUAUCGCCGCGAGACCAGCUUCCCGCCGUAUUUCCUCAGAGUCAUGAAUAAUGUUCACUUCUGCAUGAAACUCGCCGAGGCGGUGCCCGCGCUGGAGCACAUCUCGUACACGGGGAGGGUGUGUAGAACCUUCUUCGACCGCGCAUCGUUGCUGGUGGACCCCCGGACUACGCGGCUGAAGUCCAUCGAUCUGACGGUGAAGAACUGCUGUCGCCACGUCAGCCACUGGAACGAAUCCGGCUCAGGAAUCACAGACAUGAACUUCAUCAGGGCUUUCGAGAACUUGGUUCUUGCGGGGAUUCGGUCGUUGGGGAACCUGAAGGCGGUCGAGUACCUGAGGAUCCGCUUUGUGGAUCUCGACUCCCCCGCCCAAGCUCUGAAUCCGUACUUCCUACUCCGCAACGGCUGGUGCUCAGGUGUAUGGAGCGACGAGAUCGUCGCCGCGCUCAACCAUGUCCGGCCUGCAGUCCGCUUCGAGGAGCUAGCCGAGUCGUUCGGUGGGAUCAGCUACAACAAGGACGGCCGGGUCACCAUCAACCAUGAGUUCUCCAAAUCAAGGGUCCUCUCUCUGAAGUUAUCGAACUACGCCAUCCUGAGCGGGGGCAUCGCCAUCACUUGAUGACGUAACGGGUCCGGCAACUGGGGCAGUUGAGCACAAGGCUCAAAGAGAAGACUGUCGAAAACAUGAUGCCCGGUACGCGCUGAUUAUUUUUUCUGUUAGGAAGAGGUGGAUGGCAUCUAGCAUGGCGUUGGUGGG